GCCGUCAGCCAUCAGCUAUCGACCAUGCAUAGUCCUCAGUGUGCACACGAAGUUAUCAUGCUGUGGUCACUCUGCAGUGCUCCACUGAUAGUUUAAACGGGGUCUAGUUAGAUAGCUACUGAAGCAAUCCAAGGAACUGCAACAGCCAAGUAUGAGCAUGUUUCAGAAUGGCUCUCCCGUGGUGGAUUUGCAAUCCCCGAAUAUGGGGUUCAUGAGUUGGCUCCGAUUCGAAUGUCAGGUGGAUUGCGAUAGUUAUCCUCACGCGUGCAUCAACGAGGACCUGUACCAAACUUCUGCCAAUGCCAUGGUAGAACAAGGCUAUCUGGAGGCUGGAUACAACCUGGUGGCAGUGGAUGACUGUUGGAUGCAACCAGGUGACAAUAGCCGCGACCCCAUCUCACACCAAUUAGUGGCCGACCCUCAACGCUUUCCCCACGGCAUGAAAGCCCUGGGAGACUACUUGCACGAGAGGGGCCUACAAUUUGGAUUGUAUCUUGAUGUCGGCACCAUAACGUGUGCCAACUAUACGGGAUCCUAUGGAUACGAACAUUUGGAUGUGGACACAUUUGCAGAGUGGGGUGUCGAUUAUCUGAAACUGGAUGCCUGCAACCUGCGCCAAAAAAAGAUUCUCCCCAGCUUUAUCGAAUUUGGCACUGCCAUCCAAGAACUUGCCCAUCAAAAAAUGAUGUUCUCUUGUUGUGCUCCCGUCUAUUUGGGCCAUAAUGAGACCCUCAAAGUGAAACAGCAACAUCUCUAUGAUAUCCUUUACCACGAGGCGGGAUGCAAUACUUGGCGCAAUUUUCAUUUUGUGGACAAUUCAUGGCCGGGAUUGAAACGCGUCAUCUUGCAUUGGGCUGACUAUUGGCAGGAUCUGCAGAGCAUUCCACAUGGAUUCAAUGAUGCUGACAUGUUGCUGGCAGGAGAUGAUGUUCCGUCCUUGCUUCCGCCGGUUCAAGCCCAAUUGCAAAUGGGGUUUUGGGCCAUGAUAUCCAGUCCUCUAUUCAUUGGGGCUGAUGUACGCAGCAUUCCUCCCGUGUAUCGAAAAGUGCUGCUGAAUCGUCAUGUCAUUGCUGUCAAUCAAGAUGUAUCGCAGCAACGGCAGGCCAGUUGUGUUCUAGGGUGCAAGGGAUCGAAUUACAAGAAUACAACCAACAGUGGGAGUUUGGAUGUUCAAGUUUGGGCCAAGUUGGUGCGACACGGCCAAUCGGUUGUUCUUGGCUUUUUCAACUUGAACGAACAACAUCAGGAAUCUUCUAUUUCGUAUGAGUUUGAACUCGAACGGGGACGAGGGAUUGCACAGUGCGUGGAUCUAUGGAACGGCAAUAGUGGUAGUAGCAAGGUGGAAGAACUGCCCGACAUUUGUGCCAAAGGGAGAGGACAGAUCAGUCGCCAUUGGAACAUUCAGAUUCAACGAGAAUCCAACAAUAUCAAACGUCUCCACAUUCAAACCUUGGGCGUGUUGCCCACUUCCCAUCGAAUGCUUCGUGUUGAUUUCUUUGAUACAUUGCAACCGCCCCACCCUCCCAACCAGGGCAGAACCAGGGACAAAGAACCAAAAGCACAGUAAGCCACAACAUGACACUAUCCGCGUCAUAAAGUGUAACGCAUUCAACUCUAGCUCUUUCCAUUUUAAAAUACUGGUACAGUUUGCAUAAUAUUCAGAUGUAUGUAUCCCCAUUGUAGC